GUUCCGCCGGCUGCUAUUCCGGCUGGCGGCGACCGCCGCAGGAAGGGCCGGUUCCUGCUCCUCCCGCCCCCUUCCCUCGCCUUCAGCUGACGCUGACGUCGGAUGAGGGAGCAGGAGGGACGCUCGGAUCGCGGCAGGGAGGCUCCUGGGGGCCAGGGUUCCGAGGUAAUAAUAUAAAGUGUCCUCUCAUGCUCUUUCCCUGCCCCUUCUCCCCAAAUCAUCAACAGUAGAAAAAGAAGAAGAAUAAAACAUGUCAGGACACAAAUGCAGUUAUCCCUGGGACUUACAGGAUCGAUAUGCUCAAGAUAAGUCAGUUGUGAAUAAAAUGCAACAAAAGUAUUGGGAAACAAAGCAGGCCUUUAUUAAAGCUACAGGAAAGAAGGAGGAUGAACAUGUUGUUGCCUCUGACGCAGACCUGGAUGCCAAGCUGGAGCUCUUUCACUCGAUUCAGAGAACCUGUCUGGACUUGUCUAAAGCUAUUGUUCUCUAUCAAAAAAGAAUAUGUUUCUUGUCUCAGGAAGAAAACGAACUGGGAAAAUUCCUCCGAUCCCAAGGCUUCCAAGAUAAAACCAGAGCAGGGAAAAUGAUGCAAGCAACAGGAAAGGCCCUCUGCUUUUCUUCCCAGCAAAGAUUGGCCUUGCGAAAUCCUUUGUGUCGCUUUCACCAAGAAGUGGAGACUUUUCGGCAUCGGGCCAUCUCAGACACUUGGCUGACAGUGAACCGCAUGGAGCAAUGCCGGACUGAAUACAGAGGGGCAUUGCUGUGGAUGAAGGAUGUGUCACAGGAGCUUGAUCCAGACCUCUACAAGCAAAUGGAGAAGUUCAGGAAGGUGCAAACACAAGUUCGCCUUGCCAAAAAAAGCUUUGACAAAUUGAAGAUGGAUGUGUGUCAAAAAGUGGAUCUUCUUGGAGCAAGCAGAUGCAAUCUCUUGUCUCAUAUGCUAGCGACAUACCAGACCACUCUGCUUCAUUUUUGGGAGAAAACGUCUCACACUAUGGCAGCCAUCCAUGAGAGCUUCAAAGGUUAUCAGCCAUAUGAAUUCACUACGUUAAAGAGCUUACAAGACCCUAUGAAAAAACUGGUUGAGAAAGAAGAAAGGAAGAGGAUCGCCCAGCAGGAAAGUGCCGAGGUCACUGCAGAGGAGCCCAGUCAGUUAAUUUCAUUAGAGGAUGAAAACCAGCACAAGGAAUCCUCUAGUUUUAAGACUGAAGAUGGAAAAAGUGUUUUAUCUGCUUUGGACAAAAGCUCUACACAUGGUGUAUGCUCAGAAGAACUAUUAGACAUGAAACCUGAGGAAGGUGCUUGCCUGGGCCCAAUGGCAGGGACCCCGGAACCUGAAGGUGCUGACAAAGAUGACCUGUUGCUGCUGAGUGAAAUCUUCAAUGCAUCCUCCCUGGAAGAGGGCGAGUUCAGCCAAGAGUGGGCUGCUGUGUUUGGAGACGGUCGGCUGAAGGAGGCAGCGCCUACUGUGGCCCCAGGAGAGCCAGACCCCAAGCCCCAGACAGGUUCAGGAUUCCUUCCUUCACAGCUUUUAGAUCAAAAUAUGAAAGAUUUACAGGCCUCACUGCAAGGCUGGUCAGAGAGCAAGGUCAAUCCUGCCCCUCCUCCAUGGCCAGCACUACAGGCAAGCAGUCCAAGUGGCAGCAGCCCUGCAGUAAAAGAGCCUGCCAAGGCCACCUCGGACCUGACUGCCUGGUUCAGCCUCUUUGCUGACCUCGACCCAUUAUCAAAUCCUGAUGCUGUUGGGAAAACCGAUAAAGAACACGAAUUGCUCAAUGCAUGAGUCUACAGCCUCUAGGAGGGAGCCCACAAACUGCUCUGCAUCGACACACCAGGGGGCUCAUGGGCAUAGGAAGUGAUCAGUAUGCUGUUUUAAUAUUUACGUGCCAUUUUAAUAAAAUGAAAGGGUCAAAGGCCCUGUUUAUAUUGGUA